AUGAGCACAGAAGAUGUGUUGAAAGACGCGUCCACUUUGGCCUCCUAUAACGUCUUGCUGCAGGUGACGUUUCGGGUUCUGACGUUUCUGCUCAACGCGUUUACGUUACGGUUCGUGUCCAAAGAGUUGAUCGGAGUCGUCAAUGUCAGGCUCACGCUGCUCUACACUACGCUCGUGUUCUUGUCCAGAGAGGCCUUUAGAAGAGCCUGUCUGAGCGGAGGGUCUGGGGUCAACCACAGCUGGAGACAAGUCGUCAACCUGCUAUGGCUCACGUUACCACUAGGAGCUCUCUGGGGCGUCCUGCUGGUCUGCGUGUGGCUCUGGCUAUUGGAAGUCCCGGACCCUGUCUCCGUGCCCUUCUACAGCCCGGCCGUGGUGCUGUUCGCCCUGGGGGGAGUGGUGGAGCUGCUGGCCGAGCCGCUCUGGGUCCUGGCUCAGGCUCACAUGUUCGUGCGGCUCAAAGUGAUCUCCGAGAGCCUGGCUAUGAUCGCCAAAUGCAGCGUCACCGUGGCGAUGGUGGUGUUUGCUCGUGAAUGGGGGUUGUGCAUAUUUGCAGCCGCUCAUUGUGUUUAUACAGGAUUUCUGGUUUUCUGUUACGUCGCUUACUUCGUCCGAUUCUUGGGCUCCAAAGAGGCGUCAGAGAAGAGUUUUCCCCUGAGAAAUGUCAGAGAGCUGCUUCCAAGAAAAACCUAUGGAGAGCCGCUGUUGGAUUGGUCCCUGGCCCGUCUCACCUGGAGCUUCUUUAAGCAGUCGUUCCUGAAGCAGAUCCUGACGGAGGGCGAGCGUUACGUCAUGACCUUCCUGAACGUGUUGAGCUUCGGGGACCAGGGCGUGUACGACAUCGUCAACAACCUGGGCUCCAUGGCGGCGCGCUUCCUCUUCCUGCCCAUCGAGGAGAGCUUCUACGUCUUCUUCGCCAAAGUGAUGGAGCGAGGGCGAGACGUGAGGAGCCAGAAGCAGGAGGAGAUGGCUCUGGCUGCAGACGUGCUGGAGUGUCUGCUGAAGCUGGUGCUGGUGAUCGGUCUCAUCAUCUCUGCGUUCGGUUACUCCUUCUCUCAUCUGGCUCUGGACAUGUACGGAGGAGCUCUGCUCAGCAGCGGAACAGGUCCCUCUCUGCUGAGGUGCUACAGCGGUUACGUUCUGCUCCUCGCGGUGAACGGUGUGACUGAGUGUUUUGUGUUUGCCGCCAUGAGCCAGCGACAGGUCGACAAUUAUAACCUGGUGAUGCUGGGCCUGUCAGUCUCCUUCCUGCUGCUGUCCUAUGCUCUGACCUGGUGGGCCGGAGGGGUGGGCUUCAUCCUGGCCAACUGUCUGAACAUGGGCCUGAGAAUCCUCCACAGCGUCGUCUUCAUCCGUCACUACUUCAGCAGCAGCCCGUGGAGACCUCUGCGUGGCCUGCUGCCCUCCCCACUGCUGCUCCUGGCUCUGCUGGUCAGCGCCCUGGUCACCGCUCUGUCAGAGUUUGCGUUCUGCUGCAAGCGCGGCUGGCUCUUCCGCCUUCUGCACGUCGCGGUCGGAGUCGUGUGUCUCUGCUUCGUGCUUCUCACCGUUUACAUCACGGAGACGCGACUCGUUCAGUUCGUCCAGACGCAGCUGCUGCCGAGAUACACCAAGAAACGCCACUGA